AUGGAGCAACCGACCCCGAUAGAGACAGAUGCUACGCUGUCUGAACCGGUGAGGCAGGAGCCAGCCGAUUCACCAAAGAAGAAAAAACAGAAACUGUCGUCUGCAGCUAGCAGGCCCGAUUUGGUGGUGCCGCAAUUCGAGUCUCUGCCGUGUAUUACACCGGGAAACUACGUUUAUUCCGCCCUCAAUAGUAUAAAAACUCUGGCAGGGUACGAUCCAGCGCCAAUUGGCCAUCUCAGCAGGAAAAUCCGAGCAGCCAACUUCCGACGAGUGCUCAUCAUUGGUGUUCACGGAUUCUUCCCGACCAAAAUGAUUCGCCCCCUUAUUGGCGAGCCCACAGGGACGUCUGCACGAUUUGCACAGGCGGCAGAAGAUGCAAUCAGCGCGUGGGCCCAAGAGCAGGGAAUGAGCAUCGAAACACAAAAGAUAGCACUUGAAAAGGAAGGCAAGGUCUUUGACAGAGUGGAGUUUUUCUUUAAGGCAAUGCAGAAGUGGCACGAAGAGGUGGAAAAGGCUGAUUUCAUCUAUGUGUGUGCACACUCACAGGGCACUCCGGUAGCCAUGAUGCUGAUUUCCAAGAUGAUAGAACAUGGCCUAAUUGCAGACAAUAAACGCAUAGCCAUCUUAGGAAUGGCAGGUAUCAACAUUGGUCCUUACUACGGAAUGGACCAGUCGCUAUUUAUUAGGGCUUAUUCGUCCAUCGAGAAUGAGUCCAUGCUGGAGCUCUUUCAAUUUCAGAAUUUCCAGAGUUUGCAAAGCCGCAAAUAUCUAGAAAGUGUGCGCUAUCUGAUUGCUCACAAUGUGAAGAUCACCCUAGUGGGCUCUGUCAACGACCAGUUGGUUCCUCUUUACUCCUCCAUCGGCUACCAUGUCUCGCACCCCAACAUAUACAAGGCGGUCUACAUUGACGGCAAGUCGAACACUCCGGACUUUGUUGCGCGCAUAGUGAAGCUCUCGUGCAUGCUACAGAACUUGGGGUACACGGAUCACGGAGUGAUUGCUGAAAUGAGUCACGCCUUGGCAGGUCCACUUACUGGUGGUGGCCAUUCUCGGAUCUACAACAGCCCCGACGUAUACAAGCUCGCACUCAACUUUGCGUUGAAAACAAUGGACUCAAGCCUUGCCGUGAGACAGCCGGUCCGAUUCCGAGAGCUCGACGUCUCGGAAGUAGGCAGCAACCCAUUCACACUGCCGUGGUGCACAAGAGGCCUGUUUUUCGAUGUCAAGAAGCGACUGAGCGACGGCGAGAAGGAGAUCGACAUGGUUUUCAAAGAAUUCGAUAAUUGGAACCCAGAGUCCAAGGUUUUGAGGGACGUGAAAUAUCGUUUGAACGGGAUCAAGGAUAAACUAUGA